AUGAAAAUUUUGAAAGAUUCUAUGAAACCAUUUGGUAUUGAUUUACUUGCAUCCGAUUUUUAUUCUUAUGAUUUAGACAAAGAUUUAAAAACAUGUCCACAAAAGAUGCAGAGGGAGAUUUAUGCAUUAAAUAAUAAUAUUGAAAGACAAAUGGAGCAGUAUAUCGACUGUAUUGAAACAGACAAGAAAAAGGUAUUGCAAUACGAUGAUGAUCUGAAGAAAAGUGAUAAAAAUCUUUCACAUGAAGAAAAUAGAAGCGAAGAUAAUGAAAUGUUUUCAUCAAGAAAUACAAGUAAAAGUUUCGAUCUAAAUCAAAACAAUUUAGAAAAAGAGUAUUUACCAAAAGACUCGGAUAAUUUUCAAAGCUUUGAUUUAAGUGAAUACGAUAAUCACGACAUGAAUUAUGAGGAAGCAGGAGAACAUUUUGAAGAUUAUAAAAUAAAUAUAAAAACUGAAUCACAGCUAUCUGUUUAUGAAGAAAGCUUUAAUCAUAAUGUAGAAUUAUGCGAGAACACAGAUGAGGAAAAUAGUAAACUAUGUAAUUUUUAUGACAGCAAGUGCGUGAAAUAUAAAGAUUUAGAAGAAGUAGAAGUAGAAGAAGUAAAAGAAGUAAAAGAAGUAGAAGAAGUGGAAGAAGCGGAAGAAGUGGAAGAAGUGGAAGAAGCGGAAGAAGUAGAAGAAGUGGAAGAAGUGGAAGAAGUGGAAGAAGCGGAAGAAGUAGAAGAAGUGGAAGAAGUGGAAGAAGUAGAAGAAGUGGAAGAAGUGGAAGAAGUGGAAGAAGCGGAAGAAGUAGAAGAAGUGGAGAAAACCAUCCGCUCUUGUUCCUCCUUUAUGGGAAGUGGCAAUGAAAGUUUGAUGAACAAAAUGGAAAAAAAUUUUGAAGUGGAAAGUUCAAGUAGAAAAGAAACGUGGAAAGAGGGCAAGAUAGAGGGACAAGAUAAAAAGUGUAAAGUAAAAAGGAGGGAGAAUGGCAAAAAAGCAGUAGUAGAAGUAAUAGAGAGUGUGAAUGGAAAAAAUUUGGACAACGAUAAAGAAAUAGAAGAAGUUAAAGAAAUCGAAGAAAGCAAAGAGGAUGAAGAAGGAAGCAGUACUCAUAUUGUUAAAAUGAACAGGUUUGUAAACAAAUUUAAUUUUACAUUUAGAAACAAAAUGUGCCCCAUAUCAUGCAGUAUUGAGAAAGGGGAAGGAGAUAAAACAGAAAUAUACGAAAAAAAGGAAUAUGAACAGUUGGAAAAAAAUACAAAUUUUAAUGUACAUAAAAAAAGUUUAAGAGAAGAAGAUAAUGAACUAAAUUUAAAAAAUGGCAAGAAACAAAUAAUUAAAAGGGGAAAAUGGUCUUCUAAAACCAUUCCAGUCAUGCUUAAUAAGGGGAUAGAAGAUGAACACAUCUUUACAGAGUACACACAUAAUGACUCACAUGGCAGUGAGAAAUUCGAAAAGAAUUAUGAUUCAUUUGAUAUAUGUAGAAAAAAAGAAUCAGUUUUUGGUUUAUUUGCUUCAGAAAAUAAUGCAAGAAAAGGUGAGUCACAAGAAGAAGAGGGAGCAAACAUAUCCAUUACAAGGGACUGUAACACCAGUUCAAGUGAAAAAAGGAAAAUUCUAGAAUCACUCAAAGGUAGCGAACCUGACUACAGAAGCGGAAGUAGUAGAAGCGGAAGUAACAAAAGCGGAAGUAGUAGAAGCGGAAGUAACAAAAGCGGAAGUAGUAGAAGCGGAAGUAGUAGAAGCGGAAGUAGUAGAAGCGGAAGUAACAAAAGCGGAAGUAGCAAAAGCGGAAGUAGCAAAAGCGGAAGUAGCAGCAACGUUAACAUUUAUGAGAAUCAUUGUGACUCUUUUGUUAGGAGUAAUUCCAAAAAAGUAUCAAACAGAAAUGCAAAUAAAUUAAACAAGUUCGUAUAUGGUGAGAGCUGGACGGUAUCAGCAACAAAUGGAAGGAUGAAUUGUAAUGUCUACCCAAAAUAUUCCAGCAGGAAUGACAGAAAAUAUAGCUUUACCAAAAAAACACAUAAUAAUAAUCCUAAAAGUCGUAUCGAUUCGAUAUUAAGUAGAAAAAAUUAUUUAGAAAAUAUGAAUCGUUCAAACAAUGAGACAUCCAAAAUUUUACCAAUGCAUCAUAAUACAUAUAAUGAAAAUUUAUACGAUCUGAACGAUAUAAAUAUGCCGAAAAAAGUAAAUAGGAGAACAAUAGGGAUUCAAAUAAAUUUUACAAAAAAAAAAUUAAAUAAAAAGGUUAAUACUGAAGAAGAGUCUCUCUCUAUAUAUAUUUCAAGUAAUAGGAAUAAAAAAGAAAAAAUGCCUGAGUUUACAUUGAAGCCAAAAAUCAAGAAAACCAAUUUUGAUUUUGACGCACUUGUAGUGAAGGAUGGUCAUGUGUUUCCUCGAAAAAGAGAUCUAUUAAAGGACAUAUUUAGUGCGUACAGUUCAUUUAUAGAGAAACAAUAA